AUGCCAAAUUAUGUGAAGUUUGUGAAGGAUAUACUAUCCAAUAAGAAACGACUGAGUGAGUAUGAGACUGUUGCCUUGACAAAGGAGAGCAGUGCGUUCCUGCAGAACAAAUUGCCACCGAAAUUGAAAGACCCAGGAAGCUUUACUAUACCCUGUAACAUUGGUGAAUCUUACUGUGAUUUUGAAGUAGAUAAGGAAGUGUCGAUCAUCCUUGGGAGACUUUUCUUAGCCACGGGAAGAACGUUAAUUGAUAUGGAGAAAGGUGAACUCACUAUACGAGUUCAAGACGAUCAGGUAACUUUUAACAUUCUUAAAGCGAUGAACUUUCCUGAUUUGCCAAAAGAGUGUUUAGUUAUGAAAAAGAUAGAAACCUUGGUUUCUAUGGCAAGCAAUCUUAAAGAAGAUCCAUUGGAGAAAGCCUUAGAUCUUGACCCUUUGGAGGAUGAAUAA